GCUCGACUGGUCUUAAGAAGUCAGUCUCAUGUCCUGCUACUAACUUUGCGGUAAUAUCACCUGUCAGUUUGAAGCUCUCCGGCGUUCACAUACAUACGUGUUGUACAUGUAGCUAAAGGUUUUGGUGAAAAUGCUCUCAAGUGCUGUUCCGGUUUAUUCUGAGUUUUCUUCACGAUGGAGGGCUUGUGUUUGUUGCUCACUCCUUUUUUUGUUUGUUUGUUUGUUUGUUUUUAGCACUUUUACGCCCACCCUCCAAAACAAUGACAUUACUGACACAUGAAGAAAAGUGAGGUUAAAGAUUGUGUGAGAAUUAAAUGUCAAGUGGCAGUUUUUAAAUCCAAUGAAGAACGAGUUAAAAGUACUUCUGUCAUGAGAAAAUAGUCCCCACUGCUGUGCUUCUAUCCAUUUCUUUAUUUCAGCCCCUGGUUUAGAUCAUGAAUAAUCAGUUCAAGUCUUCUUCUCACAAACCUGUCAAAACCUAGGCGAAAUGUAGGCUGGUGCCCAUCAAAGGGGCAUGCCACCCAUUCUUUAAGCACUCACACUCUUCUGUGUCUCAGAAAAGCUCAGCAAACACUUUGUAAACCCCUGUGUGUGAUUUCGUUUCCCGUGAAAAUGCAGAUGAUUGUGCAGGGAAAAUGUUGUGUCAACAAAGUCAGUGACCCCUUCACUGACCUCUGGACUGUGCCAGUUUACAAAAUUAAAACAUUCAUCGGAUUUCUAAAUUUAGCAAAGAUCACACCAGCAAGAACAGUCUGGGGGCACACGAAUCGCACCUCUGAAUCUGCCCAAAAUUACUUUCAUUACUCUAAAUGUGUCUAAGUACUUCUCUCAACCACCUCCACGCUUCUUUUCAGUUCUAUAAAAUACCUGCUUUCCAGCUACUGUUUGGUGAAAUUGCUGUCGCCGACAUCAAAGCUGCUUCCUGUCAGAAAUAUAUGAAGACAAACUAGUUUGUUAAGGCUCCUGGACAGCCUCUCGGCAUGUCUGCAUGGAGGCUACCUGUCUGUCUGAUGAGUGUCAUUGUUUGGUAUAUCGAUGGUAGAGUUCUUGCACGCGAAGAGAGAUCUUUGUAUUCUACUUGGAAUUAAGAAAUGAAGGACUCAGAGGGACACUCAGUAUGAACUUGGAUUCUUUUUGUUUUUCUCAAUCUCAGAGACUGUCCUGCCACAUCAUUUGUGUCGGAUCGUUAUAAAACCGCCAUGAUUCAGUACACUGGGUUUAUGAGAAGUGUAAACACACACUGGUACAUGCAUGGGGAUUCCAAAAUUAGGGGUUUGUCGGGGAGUAAAUUACUUAAGCUUGUGCGUGUGUGUUUCCGUGACACAGCAGGGUAGUUAGUCAGAGGCCAGAAUGGCCUAAAGAAAGAAAGAAAUAAAGAAAGACAGCUUGUCGGAGGAGAAGAAAGGGCGAAACAGAGAAGAGGACAAAAAGAGGGAAGAAAUACGGGAUGAAGGAUGUGAAAAGUACAUAAAAUGGGGGAAGCGAGGAGGAGAGAUGAGAGAGGAGGUGCGUUUUAAAGAGAGGGUUGAAGGAAAAAAGAGGACGAUUUAAGAGAAUGCAGUUCCCUGAGUCUGUAGCUGCAACUAAUGCAAGUCAGAUGUUUGUUCUGGGAUCUGCUUUUCCGAGACCAGACAGAUAGACAAAAGACAAAGUUUCUCCUCUUCGUGGGCUUUCAGGUAGAGCUGGGGAAUAUAAAGAUAUUAUAUCGUUAUCAAGAUAUGAGACUGUAUAUCGUCUCAGGUUUUGGAUAUCGUAAUAUCGUGAAAUGGCAUAGAAGGUGCUUUUUUCCCAGAUUUAAAGGCAGCGGUACAGUAAAGUGAAGUGUUUUUUUCUGAACUUUUCAAAUACAUUACCCACUCAGCCAUUAUAUCCACAUUACUGACAAUUAUUUAUCAACAAUAUCAAUGUGUUAAUAUUUUGUGAAAGAAUCAACAGUCAUCCCCUGCGAUGUGGUCGCAUCAGAGAGGGUAUUUGGUCAAAAACCUUGUAAUGUAAUUGUAAUAUCGAGAUUUACAUAUCGUGUAGGGGGGCCUAAAAGAUAUAGUGAUAUGAUUUUCAGGCCAUAUCACGCAGCCAUACUUUCAGGUUCAGUUUUGGUAACCAGGAUUUCCCAUCUGUGAUUCUGAUGACAAACUACUUUGCUGCGCCAGUGACCUAACCCAACAUCUGCUGUGUGUGUGACUUAUGUCUGCAUGUGCCCCCCUGAGUGUGUGUGUGAACACAUCUGGAGGAGUUUGCGGGAAAAGAGUGUGUGUGAUGGCAGAGCUCCCGUCUGGACUGCUGGAGGCAUGUGUAGUGGUCGGAGCCCCCAGUGAUAAGCUUCGAGACAUAUACCAGCUUCAUCAGCAGAGUAAGUUAAACGAACUCCCCCUGCUCGAAGCUGAGGUGCUGCAGGUCCAUGCCCCGCCCUUUGUUUCCAAGGAGACCAACUCCAGCCAGUCGAUUGGUCCAGCUUUCAGUCGUGUCCAGAGGAGGAGGAGCUUCAUCAAGAAGAAGAGGCGAGAUCGUGCUGCAGAGGUGCCAAAUGGAGACAGCGCCAGUCGUGCAGAAGUGUCCUCAGCGACAGAGGACAUAAGUGUUCCAAAGGAUCUGGACCUCAUCGCCUUGCCACAGCUUUGUUUCCCGGGUGGUCUCCAGCUGGCCAAUGAGCAGAGAGAAGACAGCUAUCACUUCCUGGUUUUCACUGACCUUUUUGGGAACCGAACCCAUGGAGUCGUUGUGCAGCAUUACAGGGCAGUGCAGUCCUAUCAGGAAGGUGCUCUCCAGAAUGGCCACCGUUGGACCUCCUCAAAGUCCCGUCUCUUUACGCCCUUUGCUGUGUGUGUCAUCUCCAAGUUCCCCUACUACAACGCUCUGAGAGACUGCUUGUCAUGUCUCCUGGUCCAGUUGCGGCCUGCAAGACAAUCUGACUUUGAGGAGACAAUAAAGGAGUUUUCAGCCAAGCUGUCGCUGGUCCCUUUACCUCCUCCUGGACAGCUACAUGUGAGCUUCAGCCUGCGUCCCCUCCAUGUGGUUCUUCCAUCAAGGGAGGAUCAGGACAGCCCCAUUAUUGACAUCGAUCUGCAUCUACCUUUCCUCUGUUUCACUCACACAACACUGCUCCAGGUGCUGUCCUGCCUUCUCCAGGAGCAGAGGCUGGUAUUUUUCUCUGCUGACUGGGCCAAACUCACACUGGUCGCAGAGAGUUUGCUGCUGUACCUGCAGCCUCUGUCCUGGCAGCAGCCCUAUGUCCCUGUCUUGUCUGGGGGAAUGCUGGACUUUCUCAUGGCGCCCACAGCCUUCCUGAUGGGCUGCCACAUCAGUCACUUUGAAGAGGUCGCAGCAGAGACAGAGGAGCUAAUCCUGGUGAACGUUGAUGACGGCAUCAUUCAGUCGUCAUGGUCUGAAACCCUUGACCUGCCAGCUAUCCCUCUGGCUGCAGCUGAGAGCUUUAUUUCAAGGGCAGAGUGUCUCCAGCUUCACUAUGACUUGGAGCUGUGUCACCUCGGAGCGGCGACUGAUGCCAAUGCCCUGCGAGGCCAGCGCAGAGACUGGCAGACGCGCCUCAACACGCAGAUACAAAACAUCGCCCUGGAACUGGUGGUCAACAUCUUCAGAGGCGUCCAGGACUUUCUUAACCACGAACACCGAGUUUUUAACAGUGAGGAGUUCCUGAGAACCAGAGAGCCCACAGACCAGUCCUUUUACAAGAAGGUAUUAGACACACAUAUCUUCCACUCGUUUCUGCGAGACAGGCUGAACAGGAAACGGGACACCUUCAGCCGCAUGGAGCAGAACACUCGUAACCACGCCCACAGGAAUCGUGCGAUGACAGAGUCUCCUCGACGUCCUCCCAUGUCCGAUUUGUCCAAACCAGGCUACAGAAGCUACACCAGCCCCAGCGACAGACUGAGCAAGAGGCUGGGAGCCAGCCUGCCAAACCUGGAGAACCCUGACACUGUGACCCCUAUCGGCUCCAACAGACCGGCCUCUCUCAGGAAAAUGACUCCGGACACCGGGUUGAAGCUUUCGCAGAAAGCAGUGAAGGUUUUCCGCCUCCCGGAGUUCCCCCCUCCGCUGGCCUAUCAUUACGUCCAGAACUAUUAUUCUGACAUGGUUUCUUCCCUGGGAAAGACUAUUAACACUACACCGCCUGAAGAGUCCGCUCUGCUCGCAAGGUAUCACUACCUGCGUGGUUUGGUGAACACUGUGUCCAACAGGCGUCUGGAUGCUCUGGAGGACUUCCAGAGUCUUUAUAAGACUGACUCAGACAUCUUCCCUUCUCAGAUGGUUAAGUCACUGGUUGACUCUCUGCCAGAGGCUGAGCGCUUACAGGCGGACAGACGCCCAGAGCUCAAACGGCUCAUCAGCAGGGUGAAGAGGGACCAGGAGAGGGAACGCUCGCGCCACGACAACGGGCAGGAGGAUGGUGCGGUGAAGCGUUUCCAGCUGCCAAAAAAAUACAUGCAGCUGGAGGAGUUUGUGAAAUGUAUCCAGGAGUCUGGCAUCGUAAAAGACCAAGGCACUAUACAAAGACUCUUUGAUGCUCUAACUGUAGGUCAUCAGAAGCAGGUCGGUCCAGAGUUGUUCAGAGUCUUCUACACCAUCUGGAAGGAGACAGAGGCCGAGGCACAGGAGGUGUGCUUGCCGGCAUCUGUUUUGGAGCACAUUGAGCCCAGCGAGUGCGUCUUCAAGGUGUCCUCCUCAGUGAAGACGAGCCGCGGCGUGGGGAAGAUUGCCAUGACGCAGCGGCGGCUCUUCCUGCUGACCGACGGACGGCCGGGAUACGUGGAGGUGGCACAGUACCGAGAUUUAGAGGAGGUGAAGGUGUCCUCGGCUCCCUUCCUGCUCCUGCGGAUCCCCAGCCUGAAGCUGCGAGUUCGAGGGCGAAAGGAGGCGUUUGAAGCCAAUUUGAAAACAGAGACGGAGCUGUGGAACCUGAUGGUCAAAGAGAUGUGGGCUGGUCGCAACAUGGCCGACCAACACAAGGACCCCCAGUACAUGCAGCAGGCUCUGACCAACGCCUUGUUAAUGGAUGCCGUUGUGGGCAGCCUGCAGAGCAGCAAGGCCAUCUAUGCUGCUUCGAAGCUGGCUCACUUUGACCGCAUCAAGAUGGAAGUGCCGAUGAUGGUUCCCAAGACGACCGCAGAGACGCUGAAGCAUAAAAUUAACCCCUCGCUGGAGCUGGCUGCAACUCAGGCUGUAGAUGUACUUCUGUACACACCAGGUCAGUUGUGGGUGUCUGUGAGCGGAGGGAAGGUGAUGGUGUUUGAUGCCUCCAGCUGGUCCCUUACGCACACGUGUCACGUUGGGAAUGCAAGACUGAACUGCAUGCUGGGAGUAGAUAAGGACCAGGUCUGGAUGGGCUCUGAGGACUCGGUUAUCUACAUCAUCAGCAUGGUGGCCAUGGUCUGUAACAGACAGCUGACUGAACACAGGGCCGAGGUCACCGGACUGGCGCUCGACCUAGACAAGUACAGUCAGAAGGUGGCGUACUCCUGCAGUGUGGAGGGGACCGUUAUGGUGUGGGACAUCUCGACACUACAGGUGAAGAGACACUUUCGUCUCUCCUGCGACCGCCUGCAGUCGGUCUCCAGCUCUAACGGAACACUUUGGUGCUGCUCCAGGGACAACAUCAUGGAGGUGUGGAGGAAUGGCUCAGUCAAACAUCGUCUGAAUCUGCCAGAGCAACAAAAAGAAUCUGCAGUUAUAUUCAGCUCUGUGCUGCUGUUACCUGAGAGGGAGGAGCUGUGGAGUGUGUGUGUGGACUCUGGUGAAGUGAGUAUCUGGCACAUUAAGGACACUAGCAAACCAUUUCACCGUGUGGCACUGCAGGACUGCACCGGAUGUUACUGCAUGAUCAAAGUUAAAAACCAGGUGUGGGUCGGCGGUGUCGGCCGCAGCUCUACCAAAGGGAAGAUUUACGUAGUGGACGCAGAACGCCACCAGGUCCUGAAGGAGCUGCACGGCCACAACGACAAGGUGAUGGCGCUCUGCUCUGCUGAGGACCGCUACGUCCUCAGCGGAGCUGGGAAACAUGAUGGAAAGAUCGCCAUCUGGAAGGUGGAGUAGAGCAGGAAAUGGACAAAUGUGAAAGUUGGACUCCAGGUUGAGAAUCGGGGUGAAGAUCUGUGUUCGACUUCUUCUCCUCCAAGUUUUGAAGGAAUCAUCGUGGCGGUCACGUGAAGCAACGAGUUUACAUUAAACAUCACCGACUGAGCAGCUUCUUCCUCCUGCGAUGAAGUGGUGAUCUGCAGUUUGAAAUAUUUAGAGCACUAACAUGUUGUUUUAUCAGGAGUAUAAUCCAAAGUGCAUCGCUUUAAGGAUGGUUUCUACAUUUUAUAGUAUUUUAAUGCUGCAUCCUGUUUCAUACCGAGUUCGUUCACACUAGUAUUACGUGGAACCAUUGUGUAACUGAGCCUCGCUUCAAACUGUGUUUCUUCCAGCUCACAGGAGUCAAACUACCCCGAAAACAAAACAGUCACUGUGGGAAAAGCCUUCAAAAAAACCCCAACCUUAUUAUGAUGUACAGUGGAGCGAGGGGAAAGAUGAUAACUGGAACCUUGAUAAAAACACAAAAUGGGGACUCACCCCUCAGAGUUUCACACUUGCUGUUUUUCUUCAGCGGAUACUUACCUCAUUGUUAGACAAAGUUUCUACAGUUUUCUGUAUUUAUUUGCUUACAAGAUCAGUUUCAUCUGUGUUUUUUGGUUUUAACGAGUAAAUGCAAUAUUUUUUAUUAUACAUAGACUGACAAAACAUAUGAAAAAUACUUUUCACAUAUUAAAAUGUUUCUAAUUUUAAGGCUUUAAAUUGCAACUCAUAUGUUAGAAUGUAUUUAUCAUCUGCAGACACUUGUGUCCUGUUUGUUUUGGAAGGAUUUUGAGCUAGUUAUUAUCACAGUGGUGUUAUUAGAGUGAAACAGGACAGACUGAAGUUUUCUUCUCUUUCACGGCCCUUUUUUCUUUCUCCAUGAAAGUUCUCUUUCUGGGAUGUUUGACAGAAAGCAUCAAAAGUGGAAGGACUCUGGUUCAUUCAAAGGUUCAACUUAUCUUUUAUUAAUGUAUUUAAACACUGUAUAUAACAGGAGGAUGUGGAUAUCAUUUUGUGUUCUGUUUCAUGAACAUUGUUGUCAUUCACUUUUUUUGUUUUUUUUUUUACAAGACUUCACAUGUAAUUGUGAAAUAUCUAUAUAAGACUGUUAACACGAUUUUCUAAUGUUUAACGAAACAAAUACACAUUUUUAAAGGAA